AUGUUGAGGGUUGCGGCGAGGAGGCUCUGUUCUGUGUCUGCGUCGCCAUGGAGGCCCAAUCAGGCCGCCACCGCAUCCUCCUCUGUCCUGUCUCGGAAUCUCAUCGACGGCCGUGACUCCUCCGAUGACCUCAGAUCCAUCUAUUUCACCACUGACUUCUAUCUUCCUUCCAGAGGUUUUGCGUCUGAUUCAUUGACCCCAUCAAAGGACAACAACUUAGUUCCAGAUGUUCCUCCAACUGUGGCAGCUGUUAAGAAUCCUACUUCAAAGAUAGUUUAUGAUGAUUACAACCAUGAGCGUUACCCUCCAGGUGACCCCAGCAAGCGGGCAUUUGCCUACUUUGUCCUCACAGGCGGUAGGUUUGUCUAUGCUUCUCUGAUUCGUCUGCUUGUCCUCAAGUUUGUGCUAAGCAUGUCAGCCAGUAAGGAUGUUCUUGCCAUGGCCUCGCUCGAGGUUGAUCUCUCCAGCAUAGAACCAGGUGCAACUGUGACUGUGAAGUGGCGUGGAAAGCCAGUCUUCAUCAGGCGCCGAACUGACGAUGAUAUCAAGCUGGCAAAUAGUGUAGAUGUUAAUUCUCUUCGUGAUCCCCAGCAAGAUGCUGAGAGGGUGAAAAACCCAGAAUGGCUUAUUGUUGUUGGGGUCUGCACACAUCUGGGUUGCAUUCCCUUGCCAAAUGCUGGUGACUUUGGUGGAUGGUUUUGCCCAUGCCAUGGUUCCCACUAUGAUGUUUCUGGAAGGAUCCGCAAGGGACCAGCACCAUACAACUUGGAGGUACCCACAUAUACCUUCUUGGAUGAGAACAAGUUAUUGAUUGGUUAA